AGUUUUAUCACAGCUGAAUCGAUCGAACAUCCGAGCCUGCGUGCUAACGGAGGCGCCAUGCGACUUCUUCGUAGAUUUCAGCGUCCGUCGUAAUCUCGUUCGUUGCAGUUUAGAUUUUGUCAUAAUCGGUCAAGCCUCGAACAAUUGUGAAUCGAAACGAAUAUAAUCAAUUCCACUGAAAAUGCCAUCGGUACGCCGAAUGAUCCUCGGACACGUUAUGUCCGGUUUAUGUACCAAAAUGAAUCGCACGAAAAAACUCCAAGGAGAUAUACUUGAAACUCCAAUGAAAAGAUGUCUUUCCACCUUCGAUAUCACGCUACUCGGCGUUGGUCAUAUGGUUGGCGCUGGAAUCUACGUUUUAACAGGAACGGUAGCUCGCGACACGGCCGGCCCAGGCGUAGUUUUAAGCUUUCUACUCGCCGGCAUAGCCUCUCUAUUGGCAGCGUUGUGCUACGCCGAAUUCGGGGCACGGAUCCCGAAAGCUGGUAGCGCUUACGUUUACACGUACAUUUCUGUCGGCGAAUUUUGGGCUUUCGUAAUCGGAUGGAACAUUAUAUUAGAGCACAUGAUCGGCGCGGCAUCCGUGGCAAGAGCUUGGAGCGGAUAUGUCGAUUCUUUAGCGGGGGGAUCGAUCAGCAAUUACAGCCGUCGAAUAAUGCACGGAUACACCAUGGCAGAACCGCUUGGAAGUGUUCCAGAUGUUUUGGCCGCCGCACUCUGCCUAUUUUACGCGAUGCUGCUAACGUUGGGCGUUAAGAGCUCGGCGACGGUUAACUCCUUGCUCACCAUCGUAAAUUUAGGUGUGAUGGGAUUGGUGAUCGGGUUAGGAUUCGCCUACGCAAAACUUUCCAAUUGGGGUUGCGAGCACGGAGGGUUCUUGCCCUACGGAUUCACCGGUGUAUUAGCAGGCGCUGCGACGUGCUUCUACGCGUACGUCGGCUUCGAUUCCAUCGCUACUUCCGGGGAGGAAGCACGCGAUCCUGCAUACAGUAUACCGCGUGCAACCUUGUUUUCGAUGACAAUCGUGACUGUUGGCUACGUGCUGGUUGGCGCCGCUUUAACCCUGGUCAUACCUUAUUGGAAGAUCAAUCCCACAGCGGCCCUUCCCGAGGCUUUCUCGUCGAUUGGGAUACCGUGGGCCAAAUACGUGAUAAGUAUCGGGGCGUUGUGCGGAAUGACGACAACUCUGUUCGGCUCGUUGUUCUCGUUGCCGCGGAUAAUGUACGCGAUGGCGAACGACGGUCUCCUGUUCGGCUUCCUCGGCCACAUCAACACUCGCACCCAAGUCCCCGUCCUCAACCUUGCCAUCAGCGGUUUCCUCAGUGCCUUGAUCGCCCUCCUCUUCGACCUUCAACAUUUGGUCGAGUUUAUGUCCAUCGGCACGUUUCUGGCCUACACCAUCGUCUCAGCGAGCGUGAUUAUCCUGAGAUACCGGCCCGAGAAGGUCACGCCCUCCCCCUCGAACGCGGGCACACCGAGCAGUUUAACAUCCCCGCCCACAGAGGGCGCGGACUCGAACAGCGAUUGCAACAGCGUCACGUCCGCCGAAUCCGAGCUUCUAGAUCUGAGCGAAGGGACCGGUAAACUUAAAUCACGAUACAUUUGGCUCGCCAACUUUUUGGGCAGUUGUAAGCCGGGGGAUGUGGUGACCGGUUCCGUGAUGAUAUACACGGCCGGUUGCAUCUCCUUGUGCUUCUUGUUCAUACUCAUAUCUCAAACGUACUUCGCACCCGCGUUGUGGGACUACUUCGUUCUGGCUAACGUCGUCCUCUUGUUGAUCGGAAGUCUUUUCGUUAUCAUCGCGCACCAGCAAUCCCCUCCCACUGGUAAAUUCCGCGUGCCAAUGGUACCCGUGAUACCGGCCCUCAGCAUCUUGUUCAACAUAGGGCUGAUGUUCCAUUUGUCGCUUUUAACGUGGCUACGAUUCCUCGUGUGGAUGGUCGUCGGGAUGCUGAUAUACUUUCUGUACGGGAUCCACUACAGUAAAGAGGCGGCCAGCCCGAACUCUUACUCGAUCCUGAUGGCAACCUCGGAGGCGGGCAGGGGCGCGAAAUGGGGCGCCACGUUACGGGUGAAUCAGAAGAGCGACAAAGUCCCGAUAUUAAACGAGGAAGAUUUCGUGCAUUAGAGUUGAGGGAACUGUGUGUAAAAGAUAUGCCAAUCGACGCUGAAUGUAAGUAAAUUAUAUUACGUAGAGAUAGGAAGAAUUAAAAAGAAAAGA